CUUUUUUUUGUAUCGUACAAUCUCGUACAGUAUCAUGUAAUUUUAAUAUUUUUUUAUUAAAACACCAUAUGAGAAAGCAUUUAAUAUAGAGUCAAGCUACUAAUUAUGCAAAAGCUUAAAAAUAACAACAACUUUAACAAAUCAAAGCAAGGCAAUUGAAGUGUGUCCAUGUUUUAGAAAGAUUGAAACAAAAUGGCUAAGAAAAAGAUUAAAAGUAAAUCAAAAACAUCUAAUUCUACAAAGGUAGCGAACAUCCCAGAUUAUAAUGCAAUUAACGCAGAAGCAAUUAAUUCAGCUAUAGUCAGUGUUAAUCAAUCAAUUCUCAAAGUGUGCCGAUUGUGUGAAUCAAAAGAUGGCCCUUUCCACAACAUUUUUGACUCAGAAAAAGUCACGGCGAAGAAAAUUGAGGAGCUAAUGCCUUUCUGGGUUGCAGAGAAUGAUGAUCUCCCACACAAAAUCUGUUUCCGAUGUUCCGCAAAAGUUGAGGAACUUUAUGAGUUUGUGCAAAAAUGCAUUGGUACGCAAGAAAGUUUACGUAGAAAACUAGGAAAAAAUGAACCACUUCCAAUGAAAAAGAAAACUAGGGCUCUUUGGGAGCAAUCUUUGAAUAAAUCAAACAUGUCAAAUGAUGAUAUUUGCCAUGCACUUAUAAAAAAAGCUAUGGAGGGCAUUAAAGAUAUAGUCAAGCCUUCAAAAGACAUGAACAAGAGUGAUCAGACAAAUAUAAAUUCUAAAAUUGAGUUAAAGUCUACAACUGAAGAACUGGAAGAAACAGAUGAUGAAGAAGAUGAUGAUGAUAUGAAAGAUGAUGAAAUAAUAAAUGAAGAAAAAAAUAAGAAACCUGAUAAAAAUAAUGUUAGACCAUUACGUUCAAAUAAAACAGUUCAAAAUGAUGCAUCAGAAAAUAUGUCACAGCCUUUACAAACUAAAAAUGUUACUAGCAAAGUACGAUUGAAUAUAACGCAAGAUACUAAUGAGAAUAGUUCCACAUCUAAUGAGGAUUCUAAACCUUUUGAUAUUAUGGAUCAUGUAACCAUGAUUAAAGUAAAUGGUGUAGGUACCCUAUUUCAAUGUAAACUAUGUAAUAGAAACUUUUUGAAAAAAGAAGUAGUUUUAUCACAUGGAUGUGCUAAAACUGGUGUACCUAAAAUUAAUAAAUGUAAUAUGUAUGUACCUCCUGAACCACCGAAACCUAGUACCGUUAAAUACAUAAAUACACGAGUAACUGCUGAUAAUAAAUAUCAACAAAUCAUUGAAAGUAAACCAGCAAUGGAUAACGAAAUUUCCCAACCUAGUAAUCCAAAGCAGAAUGUUAAGAAAAAAAUUGGACCCGCAAGUAAGACUGGACGACGCUCAGAAAAUUCAACUCUUAGAGAAACUGAAUCAAGCGAUGACUCAAAUAAAAGCAUUUCCAACCAAUCCCAACAAAAUCCUAGUACAGCACCGCAAUUAAACUUUAUGGCUGUCCCAAAUACGUCUAGUAGGUAUAAAAUUGUAAUUGGACCAAACAAUACAUUUACCCUAGUUGAAGAUAAAGCUGAAACAGAAACUCUAUCUAGAAAUUCCGAAUCAGACUCAAUCCCUAAAAAUAGAAAAAAUGGAACACCUGUAAUUAUAAACCCCGAUAAAGCAACUGAUGAUAAUUCGCAAAAUACAAAUGAACAUUCCAGAAAAAGUAAUCCCAUUAAGGCAAUGCCCAAAUCUGUUUCUAAUAACACACUGUGUCGAACAGAUUCAUCAUCAAGUCAGCCAUAUCCUGUGGGGUUAUUUCAAACUAAUAUCAGGGCACCAUUUACAACGCCUGCUAUGAAAAAACAAUCUUACACUGUAGUCCAAACAGGGAAUCCUAAUAAACUUUUAAUAUCAACUAAACCUCAAGAUUCUUUUGAAGAAACAAAAAAACGAUUGAAAAAGACUAAACCGGGUCCUGCAUCUGAGACUAGAAAGGAACCAUUUUCAGUUAUAUUAGAGGAUUCAACACCGAAUAAAGACUCUAGCUUUUUUACAUUUAUAAAUGUCGAUCCAUUACUUCAACCUUCUUACGUUUUACCAACUGAUAGUAUUAUACAAGAAUCGCAAAUAACUACAUCAACACAAAUUGCCAAAACACAAAAUGUCGUUGUUAAAGAAAAAGACAAAUAUUCAUGCAAUAUUUGCGGUGAAAUUUUUAAUAGAGAAAAGAAAUUAAGUGCACACAUAAAUGCUCAUUAUAACAUAGAUGAUGAAUAUGUCGACGAAGGACCACCGAAAAAGCGAGGGAAAAAGUGAUCUUUUAUAUUUAUGAUGAUAGUUAAGAUAAAAUGCAUUUACAUCUGGAACAAUUUCGUUAAGUGCCUGUGAAUGUCUCUUUUUAAAUUGUUAUUUAUGAUUUAUAGUAUGUUAUGCAUAAAGUGAAGUUUUAAAUUACCUUGUCCUUUUGUUGAUUAAAGAUAGUCAAAGUGAAAUGUUGAAAUAAAUAUUUAAUCUGUAUUACUUGUCAAAAGCACUGCCAGAAAUUUGAUUUAAGUAAUAAAUCAAAUAAAGGAUAUAUGUACUAUUGUAUUUUAUAUACAACAUAAUAUCUUUGAGAAUUAUUAUUCUCAUUUGUAUGCGCUUCUGACAUUAGUCGGUCAUCUAAUCCUAUCAAGGAUGUGGUCCAAAAUUAUCUAAUAUUGAAAAACACCCGACAUUUCGUGUACCGAUAAAAUCGGUUUCAGAUAAAUGUGAAUAACUUCAUAUUAAAUAUUCAGCCACUAAAGUUGACGACAUUUUAUUGGAUAUAUGAGAGGUGACAAGGUUUCAAUGUAUUUAGAGCCACAAGAAGAUGUACUUUCAAGAAGCCAUUAAGAUGUUUGUUAAUAUUGCUUUUAGGUUUUUGUUCAACACUUUUACAGACAAAUUGUGUAUUGCCAUUAAUAGUUGGAACUUCUUAAGUUUUUUUGUUUUUUUUUUUUCAAUGGUUACGUUAAAUAUUCAAGGUCAUAUUGGUUAUUUGUGUUUCUUCAUGUUAUUUUGCUUUUUAGGCAUUUCGUCUGUGAAUAUUCUUUUAUUUAGCUCCAAGCUUUAAUUAUAUUUAGGUACUAGACCACGUUAGUGUAGAAUCUCCCCUAUAAGUCACAAGUACAUUUUUGUGGUCACCUUUUAGUUAUGUUUAAACUUUUAUUUUUACUGUAAAUUUGGUGUAAUCGUAUUUAGAGAUUAAAGUAACGAAGACGAUGCACGUUUUAUUGGGUUAAAUAACUCGAUAAGUGUCCAAUAUCCAUAAUAAAUGUUUUCAAAAAUGUUGGGGGCUCUGAAUUUAACGCGAGUCGCUGCGGAAAACACAAUUUUAGGUAUAUUGUGGCGUAACGGGAUGCGAAGGGAGGGCACUGCGCAGCCAAUGUCCUUAGGCCACCAAGAUAUUUGAAAAGACUAAUAAGAUUGUUUUUAAUCGCUUUUUUCAUAGUGUAAAAGCGUCGUGACAGUAAUAAAAUGGUCUUACUAAGAAUAUAAUUAAGCGUGCUAAGUUCAGUGAUUAUUAGUUAUAUGCAUUAAGAAGUAUUUAACGUAAUUUGUUAUUAGUUGAGCUAAGAUAGAGAUGAUGUAAAAAUAAUGUACAUAA